CGCGAGAGCGACAAGAAACUGCACGGAGCAGUCUGACAUCGCGAGACUUUAAAUGACCCUAACUGUUAAUAGUGAGCGUAUAAUACGGCAACUACGGUACGUGAGGUUGUUUUAGUGUUGGAUAAUGUCUGCGGUCCUCUGUAGGGCUCUUAGAGUCAGUAAGUUUAUUUCUGUCGGGGCGCUUCGGUUCAGCUCCGGCUGUGAGCAGCGGCUCCGCGGUUCUCUGCUCUCCGGGGAUGUGGAUCGGUUCGGUGGUGUGACCGUGCGCGACUUUCCUCCGCAAAUAAACGAGGACGAGUUUAAAGAUCUGCUGCGGGAAUCUCUGGGUCAGUGGCGGUCUGAGGGGAGGGUCGCCGUGUGGCUGCAUGUUCCCAUCACUCAGAGCCGAUUGGCUGCGGCAGCUGCGUGUCACGGGUUCAGCUUCCAUCACGCCCGUAGAGAUGUGGCCGUUCUCAGCCUCUGGGUCGGACCGGGUCCGGACAGACUGCCGGACUUUGCCACACAUCAAAUAGGAGUCGCCGGUGCUGUUGUGAAUGAAUCAUGUGGUAAAGUUCUCGUUGUUCAGGACAGGAAUAAGACUCAGAAUGCUUGGAAGUUUCCUGGUGGUCUGUCAGAUGUCGGAGAAAACAUUGGCGACACAGCGGUCCGUGAGGUUUUUGAGGAAACUGGGGUCCGAUCAGAAUUCCGAUCUCUGCUCAGCAUCCGUCAGCAGCACAAACAUCCCGGAGCGUUCGGAAUGUCCGACAUGUACCUCAUUUGCAGACUCCACCCACUUUCGUACGACAUUAACUUCUGCACUCACGAGUGUCUGCGCUGCGAUUGGCUGGAUUUGGCUGAAUUAGCUAAGACCACCGAGACGACGCCCAUCACCAGUCGAAUAGCCAAACUUCUGCUGCACGGUUUAGAGAGAGGCUUUCACAACAUUGAUCUGUGUGUGGAGGAGCUGCCGGCCGUGUAUUCCGGAAUGUUUUAUCAGCUCUACCACAGACCGCUGCCAGAGGUUUAAGAGACAUGAAACACACGCACAUCAAACCCUCUGCGUGUUAUUUCACCUCCAAAUCAAAAGAACCUGUUUUGCAUGAACAGUUUUUUUUUUCAGAUUUUUAUUUUGUUCUGUUUUUUACGGUCAUGAGUUGUAUCUGUAAGUAUAUUUCAUGGUAGUUUGAUUCUUAAAAAAUGUGAAUAUGCGAUAAAGUGCUUUAAUGGCCCUUAAACACUAAUCAUUGGUUUCGAGGUGAAAUAUGACCUGGGAUUUUCUUAAUCUUAUAAUUCUCUAGAAUGAAUAAAUGGUGUUCUGUGACCUCUGAAGUUUUGUGUCCAGUGAAACUAUUUUAGCUUGAUUUGUAUCUUUCUCUCUGUGUUCCUGUAGCUCAGCUGGUAAAGUGUGACGCAAAUCCCAGCGAACACUGAUAGUGUGUAACUGGCACAUCAACCCAACUAUAUACCAGAGAAAUCACACACAUCACAACUGUAACGCAACAUCAUUAGCCAAAGCGACAUAUAAACAAAUCAAUCUUUUUUUGUUGUUGCUUUGGAUCCUUCAGUAAUGCAACUCAACCUGUUUACUCACAAUCUCUUAGUUUCUAUGAAAACACAAUAUAGAUCAACUCUAAAAUACAUCAUGCCGUCUGCGUAAAGAAUAAAACUCGGAGAAGCAGCAUUAAAUAAACUCA